AUGGCGCUCUCAUCACGACUCGCCAUCAUAGCGGGCGGAAUAGGCGGCAUUGGCAGUGCUACGGGCAAGCUUCUCAGGUCCAAUGGCGCCAAGCUUGCGCUACUCUAUGCGCCUUUCGAGGCCCAUAGAGUGAAACAGACGCUUUCAGAUGUCUUCGAUCACGACGGCGAGGCCGCUGCUACCGGCAACAUUGCCACCUACGAAUGUGACAUUACCUCGCCCGAGUCUGUGAGCCGGGCAUUCGCCGCGAUUGCAGAGGACGAUGCGGCCUUCCCCAGCAUCUUGGUCAACGCAGCAGGCUAUGUGAACUUGAGUCCGCUCGAGGAUACAACCCCCGAAGAUGUGCUGCGGCAUUACAACAUAAAUCUGUUCGGACCAACCAUCGUUGGUCAGAGCUUUGCGAGACUGUACAUGGCCGCUAAGAAGAGUGCUACGGCUUCUCCAGCACUCGGCGGACGCAUCGUCAAUAUAGCCAGUCAAGCUGCACAUGUCGCUCUCCACCACCAUGGGGCUUAUUGCGCGAGCAAGGCUGGUCUGAUUGGGUUGACAAAGUGUAUGGCGAGCGAAUGGGGACCGAUUGGGAUAACUGCAAACUCCAUAAGUCCGGGACCUGUUUGGACGGAGCUGGGUAAGAAAGCUUGGGCGGACGCAAAGAUGAGGGAAGAGUAUCAAGCUGCUAUUCCUACAGGGAGGUUCGCCGAACCGUCUGAAGUCGCACGCAUAAUCUACUUCCUGUGCCAGGAUGAAGCGCUCAACAUUAAUGGAGUCGACGUAAAGUUAGACGGAGGGUAUACGGUUCGAUAG